AUGGCCUUUGCCACUCCAUUGAAUCCUUCUACCAAAGGAACCUCAAACUAUGCUCAGCUGUGUCGCCUUCUUGUUGAAGUUGGAUCACAUGUGUUAAAGGAGAUCUUUGACGUUCUGACAAAUCCCACAAACUGUGCCAAAUUACAAACACUUCGAAAGAAGAGAGUCCUGUGUACCUCCCAGUGGUGCAAAUUGUAUCCUGCUGUCAAAUGGUCAAUUUCCUCAGGGAACUUUGACAGCUCCCUGCUGCUAUUACUUCUGAGGAAUAUCUUUGGUCUAACUCUCCCUACCUCUGGCCAAGAUGACCUUCCUUUGGUAACAGACACCACUCCAGCAGCUGACAUCUCUCGCAUCAAGAUCCUCAGAGACAGAGUUUACAGUCAUGUUACCAGUGGUUCCGUUGAUGAUCCAACUUUCAGUUCCUACUGGAAUGGCAUCAAAGACACCUUUCAGCGUAUUGGAGGGGCCCACUAUCAGGAUGUUACCAAUGAUCUUAAAACUGAUUGCAUGGAUGCUGAUAUUGAGAAGGACUACCAGGAGCUUUUCAGAGAGUGGUUGAAGGAUGAAGACUGCGUCACAGAUAAAUCAUAUGAAGAUGAAAUGGUAAAAAAGGCCAGGAAGGAAGAUGACCUGGAGGGUUCCAUUGAGACAUAUGAACAAAAUUUAGGAAAGGAAGGUUUGUGUGAUUUACUUUUGUUAAUUUUAAGUUUUAACUAAAUUGUCUCUUUUGUGUGAUUAAUGUUAGAUAUAGUGGGUCAUGAAAUAAAAGAAACUACGUCCAAAAUUUCUGUGUGGAAAUUGGUAUACUGUAUAUGUAAGUAAAGUUUUUUUUUUUUCCUUGAUGUUAUGAACGAAGUUUACAAAAAAAUUCAUACAUGUUGUCAAAAUAUAAUUCUGUGCCGAAGGUGAUAGAUUUAAAGCCUAAUUAUUUGAGUGAAAGAUGCAACUCAGUGAAUGACACAACCAUGCAAACUCAGAGAAAAAAGGGUAGCACUCAGAGGUGUUUUUUUUUCUUCAAGUAUGUCUGACAGUGUGUAAUUUUGUACUGUUUAAUCAGUUAGUGUGGACUUGAAAUGUUUUAUGCAGGGUCAUGGAUGCUUUGACCUAAUUGUUAUUCAUAACAAGUUUUCUUUUCUUUUUCUUCAUUGCCAUUUGAUUUUUGUUUCGGAUCUGCUAAUAACUUCUAAUAAAUGAAUGGAAACAAACAAAAAAAAAAGAAAUACUACAUUCUUCUUUUUUAGAGACAGCAAUGAUGCCAAGGGAUUAUAUUUUAACUACAUCAGUACAGAAUGCAAGCCCACCAGAGCUCAAUGUUACACUUCCAUUGAUGAGUGAUCUUCCUGAAACCUCUUUUACUUGGAACAAUGUUGAACUUCCUGUUGAUAUUCUUUUAUUAAUAGUGGAGGACUGUGAGUUCUUAAGUUGCUUUGCCUACCUGAGGGAACCCUUUAAGAGUUCUCACAUCAGUACUGGCCCUGUGUACUUUGGGUGCAUGGGUGAUGAUCAAGGAAAGAAAAUGAAAAUUGUAUUGAUGAGGUGCUGCAAAGGUCCUGGUGUUCCUGGGGGUUCUUUGUCUGUUUCAAAAGAUGCCAUCUUGCUACUGAGACCCAAGGCUAUUUUUUCUGUUGGUGCCUGCAAUUGA